AUGGAGCUUGUCACCGCAGUCCGGGAGACCCUGCUGAUGAUCUACGCGAUCCGCAACCACCGGGUGAUCGUGCGCCGCAACGUGCACCACUGCCAGCAGCUGCGCCAGUACGUCCGCAGCCUGGAGCCCGUGGUCCAGAGCAUGGAGGCGGCUGCCGACGAGCCGGAGGUCCAGACCGCCUUCUCCAGGCUGCUGACGACGCUGAAGAGCGCCGAGAGCCUGAUAGAGAAGACGGAGGCCAUGGGCGUGGUGUCCUCCUUCGUGAACGCCAGGAGCAUCACGGAGGAGUUCAGCAGCGUGUGCGCCAGGCUGAGCGAGGCCGUUCAAGGUCUCCAGCUUGCUCAGUCCACCGUUGGGGGACGUGAGCUCCUGGAGAUGAGGCAAGGGAUGAGGAAUCUUGCAGAUGCAUUGAAAGAAGCACAGUCCCAGGCACUGGGCAAGCACCAGCUGCCAGUGCAUCAGAAGAUGCGCAUGAUUCUAGACUGGAUUAACAGUGGGACCGUGGCCGCUGACAGCGGCCGUCAGAUGCUCCAUGUGCUCUUGGAAGAUGCCGUUGGAAAGGCACAGCUAGAGGCCGAGCGCCAACAGUCCCUCCACGACAUCGCCACAAGGCUGGAGGCGUGCAGGAGACAAACGGACAGCACUGAGAAGUUUGACCUGCUGCACAUCGAGGCAGCUCUGGGUUCCCAGACCUCCAGUUCAGGGGACUCCAGGGAGCCCCCUGCGGGCUUCGUCUGCCCCAUCAGCCUGGGUGUCAUGCAAAAGCCAGUGCUGAUCCCCGAGACAGGCGUCUCGUAUGAAGCCGAGAGCAUCGAGGAGUGGUUCAGGAGGGGAGAAACGACAUGCCCAAAGACAAACUUGAAGUUGUCGUCCACGUCCCUGGUGCGAAACUAUGCGCUGCAGACCGCGAUCCAUGAGUGGAAGAGCUGGCAGGGCGAUGCUAAAGACGAGUGUGAUGAAGAUGGUGAUUCCGAAACUGAAAGACAUCACACAGCUCGAUCACAGCCGCGGGCCUUAGGGCGACGAAACACGGAGAAAAUUCCGACGGCAUGGACAAAGAGGGAUGAAGUGGAAAUUCGCAGGGCACAUUCAGAUCGAGGGCCUGUUGCUCAUCACACGCACAUCGACGUCGAGAUGCGGGCGGCCACUCGUGCAUUUGCUGUUUUGUGCAACAUCGCCAAGGCCAUCUCCACUAUUCGUGAAAUGGUGGAGUGCAUGGGUGAACGCGUUGGAAGGAAGGAUGUCGGCCCAGAAACGAAGAUAUUGUGGACCAGAUUGCUCACCUUUGCCUUUCCACAAGCGGAGAAGCACCUGAAAGACGCCCUGGCGACAGGAAGUGCUGGCAAGGAUCUGCAGUCAUGUUUGGGCAGCUGCUGGGGGGUGCAGUGCAGAUUUCUUGAGGCCCUUCAGGGCCACGCUGGUAUGAGAGACCUGGAUGAUGUCAAACGGCUGAAGCUUGCCAUGGACCAACAGGGUCGCCUGUUGCGGAUGCUGGGAUGCAGGGCGCAUCAUGCUUCUGAACGUUCUGGGCAUGAAAUUUUGGCUCGGCGCAAGAAACUCGACUCCAGAAAUGGUGUCCAAGACCCUCCCGGACCGCCGAACGACAGCAAGCCUCUGCCCCGACGAGGCAAUCCGUUCCGCGAGGCUGCCGUCCUAGAAGAGCUAAAGGACAACGUCGCCAUCGUGUCCGCUCUGGUGGAAGACCUGUGCCGCUGCGAGGCCUUCGGGCGCCUCGACAUGGAGCUUCAGGUGAAGCUAGAGAGCCACCUGCAGUUCGUCGUCCCGAACUUGGAAGAACUCGUGGAGUGGUGCAUGGAGGGCGGUGGUCGUCUGCAAAGGGCUCACGCAGGUUUCAGCAAGUGCUACCGGCAAGAGGACGUGCUGGUGGAUGCGCUCCUGCAGGACGAGCUGAUGGGGUAUGAAGAGGGCGUGCUGCAGCUCAGCGAGGCGAUCAAUCAACAGGAGAGCCUGUUGAAGAAGCUCAAAGUCGCCUUGCGGUGA